AUGACUGACGAGAUGUCUGGAACCAUUGCUGAACUCCUUGAGGAGCUGACUCCAGCUGCCAACACUCCCCAUGGUAAAGUAACCGUUGUUGGAGUUGGCCAAGUCGGUAUGGCUUGUGCUUACAGCAUUCUUCAACAAAAUAUUGCCAAUGAAAUCUGCUUGGUUGAUGUUGUUCCUGAUAAGCUCAAGGGAGAAAUGAUGGAUCUUCAACAUGGUUUGGCCUUCACCAGACAUUGCACUGUCCGAGCUGAUACUGAUUACUCUAUCACCGCUGGAUCCAAGAUCUGUGUCAUCACUGCUGGUGCUCGUCAACGUGAAGGAGAGACUCGUCUCUCUCUUGUCCAACGUAAUGUUGAAAUCUUCAAGGGAAUCGUUCCAAACCUUGUCAAGUAUUCCCCAGAUACUUUGAUCAUGGUAGUAUCUAAUCCUGUUGAUGUUCUUACCUAUGUCACAUGGAAGUUAUCUGGACUUCCAAAGGAACGAGUCUUCGGAUCAGGAACCAACUUGGACUCCGCUAGAUUCCGCUUCCUUCUCUCUGAGAAACUCAACAUUGCCCCAUCUUCCUGUCACGGAUGGAUCAUUGGAGAGCACGGAGAUUCCAGCGUUGCUGUAUGGUCUGGAGUUAACGUUGCCGGAGUUAACUUGCAUGAUGUUAAGCCUGAUAUCGGAGACUCCUCUGACUCCGAGAAGUGGGAACAAGAAAUUCACAAGAAAGUCGUUGACAGUGCUUAUGAAAUCAUCAAGCUGAAGGGUUACACCUCAUGGGCCAUCGGAUUGUCCGUUGCCAAGAUAGUUCAAGGAAUCAUGAGCAAUUCUCGCAAUGUUUAUGCCUUAACAACUAACGUGCAGGGAUUCCACGGAAUUGACACUGAAGUAUACCUUUCCCUUCCCGUUGUUCUCGGAGCAAACGGCAUCACCCACGUCGUCAAGCAGAAACUUCAAGAGAGAGAGAUAGCUCAACUUCAUAGCUCUGCUAAAGCUCUACUUGAAGUCCAAAAUGGACUCCAUUUGUAG